ACAUACAUUGGUUAGUCGGCAUCGUCGGUCGUACGAUGAUAUAUCUGUGCCUUGGCUUCCAUUCUUUCGAUCCCAAUCAUAAGAAUUGCAGUGCACGUGCUGCCACUUCUGACCCUCGUGCCUCGUUUGGUUCGGAAAGUUCCAGAUACCGUCACCUUAAAAACAUCAACGCGCAGACUCGGCGAUAAACUCAACUUCUCCUAAGCCCUUCCUGCCAUUUCCAACAUGUCGUCGGCCGCAAUCUUUGGCAGCACCGGCCUCGUCGGCUCACACAUCCUCUCGACCCUCCUCGCGAGCGAAUCCGCCUUCGCGACCGUGCAUACCGUCUCCCGCCGGGCGCCCAAGUCGGAGGGGCCGAAGCUGCACGCGAUCGUCGAACCCGACACUUCGCAGUGGGUCAGCAAGCUCACGUCGAUCAGCCCCGCGCCGACGACGGUGUUCUCGGCGCUGGGGACGACGCGGGCGCAGGCGGGCGGCAUCGCUGCGCAGUGGAAGAUCGACCACGACCUGAACGUGGAGCUUGCGCGAGCGGCGCGCGAGGCGGGCUCGCGCGCCUUCGUCUUCGUCUCCAGCGCCGGCACGGGGGGCCUCAGCGGGAUGGCGCCCUACUCCAAGAUGAAGCGCGGCGUCGAGGAAGCCGUCGAGGCCGCCGGGUUCGAGCACGCCGUCGUCCUGCGCCCGGGCCUGAUCAUCGGCGACAGGGAGGUGCCGCACCAGGGGGGCCCGCUGCUCAACGGCGUCGUGAGGGGGCUGGGCAGGUGGUGCGGCCAGUGGGCCCAAGACAAAAUCGGGCAGGACGCCGAGGUCAUUGCUAGGGCGGCGGUGCACGCUGCGAGGAUCGCAGAGGAGGGCAAGGCGCCGAGCAAGUACUGGGUUUUGGAGCAGGCCGAUAUUGUGAGGUUGGGGAGGACGGAGUGGAAGGACUGAGAGGGGCCGGAUACGCCGAGGAUGUCGACAGAGUUGGACUCCAUGAGUUGGAACUCACGAGCAUGGACUUGUCGAGCAGCAGAGAAGGACGCGAGCAGGAGCUGAUACCCACUAUAAGCCUGACGGAAGGAGAAGAGAUAUAAUUAUAUAAUUGGCAGAUCUAUCUAUCUAGCCUCACUAGAGGUACUACAGGAUGCUACGCCGCUCUCUUAAUAUGGACAGAGUUCCUACAACUUACCAGAGGAGGGAGAUUAUUUGCAACUCGAAUUCACCUACAUGUGCUUGCUCUCGACUGGCGACAAGAAAAGGCCCAGCCGAACAUUCGUUAUUCUGCCUCUACCACAGUUGGGAAGUAUCAACUACAGCCGCUGU